ACCAUAAUAUUUUCAUUUUUCACUCACUCAAAAUCCUCCUUUUAAAAAGCAGAAAUAAAGAAAUAAAGAUACAAAGACCUGACGUUAUCUUAACAAUUUAUUUUUUGACAUGGCAGAUGAUAGAGAAAUUCUAAGAGAAUUGUGGGAAGGAAAAAUACCAGUUUGUUUUCAACUUGCCCAAGAGGAAGUUUACACAGUUGGUCAGCCUGACCCUUUUUUUCUAUUGGUGCCCAGACUGAGCUACUUCCCAUUGGUGACAGACAAAGUCUUGAGGUACAUGGUCAUGUACAUCGAACCUGACAGCCACGGAGAAAUGUGGCUGGAGUAUGAUGGCCAACCUUUGAAAUGGCACUAUCCAAUUGGUUUAUUGUUUGAUUUGUAUGGAAAUCAAAAUGAGUUACCAUGGAAACUUACUGUACACUUUAAGAAUUUCCCUGAGGAAGAGUUACUGCACUGUCUGGGUAAAGAAGCUGUGGAGUCUCACUUUAUGUCUGUUGUCAAAGAAGCUGAUGCACUCAAGCACAGAGGGCAGGCUAUAAAUAGCAUGCAGAAGAAAGACCAUAAAGCCUUGUGGACAGGAUUGAUGAAUGAUAAAUUUGAUCAGUUUUGGUCUGUCAACAAGAAACUAAUGGAGAACAGUGGAGAAGAUGCUUUCAAAUCUGUCCCUUUUAGAAUAUACCAGGUGGACAAGAUCCCUAUACAAAAGCUAUUUAAACCUGUAGAUGACAACGGUGAAUUCCUGACUCUCAAUAGUUUAUUGAAGUCUGCCUUGCCUGACUUGGUUGAAUCAGGAGAAAUUUCCAACUAUCGUGUGAUAACUCAAGGCAUUGAACCCCCCCUGGAGACACCUGUGUCAUGGAUGAGUGAACACCUGAGUUACCCAGACAACUUUCUCCAUAUGAUUUUAGUUUCAAGGACAGAAAUUGAGAGCUAGUAAUGUUUCUAUGUAGUGUGUGACAGAUUGUGUUUUAAUGAAUGAGAGAAUUUAGAAAAAUACUGGUGGGUGUAUGAAACAUUGAUGAACAUUUGUUAUAUGAAACAUGAACAUUUUAUUUCCCUCAAAUCAAUGUAACUACUUUAGUCUGUAUCAUAAUAAACCAAAGUUUAUACUUG